AUGGCCGCCAAGAAAGCCAGGUUGAAGGUGGAGGCAGCGGUGUCACUGAGCCGCGGGAGCAUUGCUCUCAUUGCCACACCUCCUCCUCCUGCUUCUCUUGCAGCCGCGGCGGUAGUCGCCGUGCCUUGCAGUGGGGUGUCAUUCCCUCUGCCAGUCAGUUUGUCUGUGUCCAGUUCAUUCUCUGCCCCUCUCACCACUGUUGUGACGCUGCCUCCCCUCUCAGUCAAUACAGUGAUUGAAGAAUAA